CUUCAUUUUAUGGCGGACAAUGGGGAUAUAACGAUGAUAAUUGCGAAUCUGCACUUCUGAUAUUGAUUCUUAUUUUUCUGCCUGCGUGUAAUUACUGGUACUAAAAUUGUGACAUGCACAUGAUCGUACAGAUAAAAAACCUCGUGAUUUUCCCUUCCUAUUCCUGAUUAUUACACACAUAAUCUUCAUAACACAAGUAUGCGCUUGUCGCCUUCCUUAAUCUUCAUCUUGUAGUUCUAAUCUCCGCGUCCUCUACUUCCACACGGUCUGGCGUCGCAAAGUUGAGGUUUUUGUUUAUUCCAACUGCCUUCGAGCCGAUGGCAAAACUGCGAUGUUUAAGGGCUUUCUGGCGAAUUGGCGAGAAACGCAGCAUAUGAGUGCCCGAGCCAUGGCGGAUUUGAUUCAUUUCCACGACAAGAUUCACAUCCUGGUCGACUGCACGGGGCACACGAGUUAUAAUUAAGGCAGAAGCUGCACCUGGCGCUCAGUGCCAGGACUACAUUCAUAGAAGAAGAGUCUUUGGAUCAUGCAAAUGCAUCAACAAGAACUACAUUUAUUACAUUUUCUUCAGCAAGAUUUUUACGACAAAUCAUGCUAGUACAUUCUAAUCUCUCCGCUUAGACGUAUUCGCGCUCAAACCCGCGCCAGUGCAAGUUAGCUGGAUCGGGUACCCGAACACGACUGGUUUGCCGCAGAUACAACACCGCUUGACCGAUAGAUGGGCUGAUCCCAUUGGAACGCGACAAUUGCAUAGCGAAGCACUACUUAGGGCUUUAAUCUUUAUAAUGCAUCCUGUUUCCUGGCAUCAUGGUCACGCUUCUUUUUAAGGGAAAACGGAAACCAGGAUGCUCAGCACCAAGAUGGAUUUAUGUACGUUCUAAACUACGCAGAGUAGACCGUUGCUUUCUAUGCUACACGCCAUUGCUGGAAAGUGUCGAACGCCUACUAGCGGAGCCACCGGACCCAAACCCUGAUGAUGCGUGGGAAUCGAUUAGCAAGAAUUCUUGUGUGAACGUUUUUAGCUUUGUCAAAGCUUCUGGCACUGAAACAGAAAGUGAAAGUAGGAACGGUUUUUUUAAGGCUUACCCGAAUCCAUCCCCGAAGCAUCUUGGGCCUGCCCCAUGAGGCGAAACACGCCCCAAGACGAGCCCCAAGAUGGAUUUGGGUGAGCUCUAAUUCUACUACUAGUAGUACUCGUACGCCUCGUCGAAAACAAAAACUUGCUUGCAAACUACGCGCCCCGAUACUAGUAACACCAGAAAACGACGUGGAACGGUUUGGAAGAUUCUUUGGAAACCUGUCGGGUCCAGGACUUGCUCCAGGUGCUGCUGUUGACGCG